AUGGCGGUAGAAUCUGUAGGACUCACCGAUCUGGCUGCAAUUGCAAUUUUGGGCGGCCACUGGUUGGCUGCUCAGGAUAACUCCGAUUAUCAUCGUCUGCCUGAAAUGGAAGGCCUCUAUAUGGGCCAUGGAAGGCUAGGGAAAGGACCUCUUGGUCAAUCACCUCGAAGGGUGGGCAAACAGUAA